AUGAAACCAGAGGUUUACCCGCUGCUAGCUGCCAUGGGAUUUGUGGUGACGAUGGUGGGGUUCCAGUUGAGCAGGAACCUUGUGCUCAACCCUGAUGUCAGAAUCAACAAGAAUAAGAGGCUGAUGGGGGUGCUGGAGAACGGAGAGGAAGGGGAGAAGUACGCCGAGCAUGGUCUCCGGCGGUUCCUCCGCACGCGGCCGCCGGAAGUCAUGCCCACUCUCAAUUCCUUCUUCUCAUCAUCGUCGUCCGACCAGAAAUAA